AUGUCGACAAAUGAUUCCUACUGUGCACAAUAUGUAGCCAAUGUAACUGUAACCGCAAACUCAAGUCUUGACUUUAAGGGAGUCCUUGUACAAUUCCUCUUGCAGUUGGCUAUUAGUGCUGGAUUCUUGAUUGCGUUUUCGUUCGUGAGGUUCACCAACAAGUACACCUACCAGACCAGAGCGCUGCUUGCUCCCGAUGAGAAAAAACCUCGAAAGCUGGGCAAAUUUCCAUUGGCAUGGGUAGUGCGAGCCUUUACGGAUAAUGAGACCAAGGAUGUAAACAAGAUUGGCAUGGACGCCGUCAUGUAUUUACGUUUUGUUCGACUCUGCGCCCAUGUAUUCUUGACAUUCACUAUUCUCGGGAUACCUCUCAUGGGCUUCUAUUAUCACUCGCCAGACUUUGCUGGUGCACCACUACACUCGAACGUUAACGGACAAGGAGGCAUAACAUUCGGCAGCAUCAACUUUAUUCCACCAUCCCUAAACCAGCUGACACUAGCCAACCUGAACCAAAACUCUCCGUUCUUAUGGCUGCCAGCCGCUGCAGCAUGGAUUUUCUCAUUUAUAUUAUAUGGGGCCCUCGCUUACGAAUACCACCGAUACACGACACUCCGACAACUGUACUUCCACUCACCGACGUUUACAGACUCGUAUUCAAACCGGACAGUAUUGCUGACCAACAUACCACACAAGUUGCAGUCGGACACAGCACUUGCACGAUAUGUAGAGUCUUUAGAUGUGGGCGUGCCAAUAGCACAAGCGUUAGUUGGCAGGAAUGUGUCGUCGUUAGCUAAACUGGUCAAGUUGCAUCAAAAGACAACUGCCAAAUUAGAAAAAGUCUUGUUUAAAUACCUUGCUCAGCCCGAUCGGCCUUCUGAGUCGCGUCCGACCAUGAGGAUAAAGGGUGGAAGACGUGUUGAUGCUAUAGCGCAUUUGGGGAAUCGAUUGCACAGGCUCGAAGAAGAAAUCUACGCAAUGAGAUCGAAAUCAGAUGAUAGUUAUGUUACCAAUGCAUCGGGCUUCAUAUCAUUCGAAACCGCAUAUGCGGCACAAGUCGCCACGAAAGCUUUACGCAAUGGAGUCGCUGUGAGACAAAAGACGAAAAUGAUUGCUCCGCCAGAUGCAACAUUGUCUCCAUCAUUUGACAGUAUUUUAUGGGACAACAUCGGUAUUACGCGACCGAUAAGGCACUCACGUCAGAUUCUAGCAACUGUUUUACUUCUUGGCUUAACAAUCGCAUGGUUUUUCGUUGGAGUCUUCAUCGCAUGGAUAACUUCACUGGAUAAUAUCCAAAAGUACUUGCCAGCCGUCGCGGCUUCUAUCAGAUCAUCAGAAGCUGGAAUUAUCUUUGUGACCUCCGUAUUCAGUCCCUUCCUAUAUUAUCUCGCGAACUGGAUCCUCCCAAACAUUCUAGACAUUAUCUCAAACAUUCAAGGUGUCGCUUCCAAGUCUGGACAAGCGAAAUCUACACUGAACAAGUUUUUCGCUUUUCAGGUGUACCAGUCCGUGUUUGUGGUGUCAUUCAGUGCACUCUGGGCCAUUAUUAGCGCUUGGGUGCAUAACGAGUGCUUGAGCGUUACUAAUAAUGAUCCAACUGGGUAUCUCGUGAGGCAGGCUGCUAUUGGACUGAGUUCGAACUCAACUUUCUACAUAGCAGUUAUCAUUGCAAGUGUGACUGGAUAUGCAUUCGAGAUCUUCCAAGGAGUUAAACUGAUAAAGGUGCUUUAUACGAGAAUUUUCGCGUCGCUAACGCCGAGGAAGGAGUUUGAAUUGAGUUCUCCUCCAACGUUCCAAUAUGCUACUCAAUACGGUGGUCUCUUAAUCACAUUCUUGCUAGCUUUGAUAUAUUCGAUUAUCGCUCCCUUAGUAUUGCCGUUUGCCCUGAUCUUCUAUGGUAUCGCAUAUAUCGUAAUGAAAUACCAAAUGUACUGGGUAUACGGCAACCGCUUCGAAUCCGGUGGAACAUGGUGGCCCAAGAUAUUCCGUCUAUGUGUCAUUUCAAUUUUCGUCUUCCAAUUCUUCACAUUCGCAGUGUACUUGCUAACAACCGCACAAGCUGACUCUGGAAACAAUUCAGCAAGAUCGUGUACUAUCUUCCUCGCAAUCCUCCCCUUCCUCUCAAUCAUCUACUACAUAAUCACAGAACGAUACUACCUGCCCAAAUCCGAAUACAUGACACUGCAUCACUCAGAGGAACAAGAAGCUGCUCGUUCACAUAAAUUGGAACGGUCGUCUACGAAACUUACGCUGGCUGAUCGUGCGUUUCAUCCAGCUAUGGCUGCCCCGUUACCGAUCGUAUGGGUGAAUAGGAAACAAGCGCCAUAUCUCGCAUCGUUCUAUUCGGCCAUGUAUGAUGAUUUUACGGAUUACCUCCGAAAGAAGAUAUCAUCAAUUCACGGUGCGGCUACAAUAGAAGACGCCGGUCUAGAUUCUCGAAACAUUAAACGUCUACGUGUCGCGCGAGAUGCGUCCCGUGAUGAUUUGUUGUUGGCAAAAGACGAGGAAGUGGUUGCUAAACAGGAGGUUGCCGAGGGGAUUUUAGAUGGUGAGGUUACGACUUUGGUUGGAGAGGGUGAGGACGGUGAUAUGUAUCCUAUGGUUGGUAGUAAUAGUAAUAGGAAUAGUGGUAGUGGUGGUAGGAUGUAUGGUGAUAAUGUCGGGUCGACUUCUGCUAUUGGGUAUCAGUGA